AUGUAUUUGCAUUAAAGUUUAAAUCUAAACAAGCUCUUUAUAGUAAUAUUAUUAUUUUAAGGACCUUUAUAAUGCUUAGCUUCAUUUUCUAAUUAUAAUGAAGCCAUAUUAACAAAAAGUGCAGAAAGUUAUAUAUAGGAAAUAAAUAUGGGAAAUUUAGAUGAAGGAGAUACUUAUGGAUUAGGAUUCUGGAGUAUGAGUAUACCUUUGCUUAAUCAUGAGUCAAACAAAGAUUUCGAUAAUCCAUACGAUUCUUUAAAAAUUGAAUAUGGUUAGAUGUUAUUAUUGGUAAGAGAUAUUGAAGCAAAUUCAAACAUUCUUUUAGUCUAUAAAUUAUUAGAUUAUGAAAAUUUGAAGGUGUUACAUUAAAUAAGAUUAAUGAAUAAUGAUUAAGAUGAGAUUCUUUAAUAUGAAUUUAAAAGUUUAGAAUAUGAAGGAAUUUGGAUAUUUCAUUUAAUCUUAAUAUAACCGUAACUUAAAAUGAUCAUAAUUGAGAUUAAUGGAUAACCAAAAAAAUAAACUCAAAUACUAACCAAAAUUCAAUAAAAUUUAUAAAUUAUUUUAGGAGGCAGAGGAUAUGUAAUAUAUUAAAAAUAUAAAGAUAAAUGAUUUAAACUUAAACACAUUCAAAGGUUUAUUGUCUCAAAUGAUUUUUUUGCCAAACUUAUUUUAUUCAGAUUCUAUUUUUUAAGUUAUAAUUAAUGAUUGUUAAAUCCCUCCAAAAUACACAGAUGAACAAAUUGUAAAUAUUGUACCUGGAUUUAAAAUAUUUGAUGGUGUUUAAGCUUAAUAACAUUUUAUAGAACAUUACGGAAAUAAAUACUGUUUAACAGGUUGGGUAAAAUAUUUAAUUAAUGAUAUCAACGAAUAAAAAUAUAUUUUAUUAAGAAUGACUGGGUUUUUAAAUUAUAAUUAAUAGAAGUAAUUGGGUGAUGAAUUAUUUAAACUUGAAGUUUUUUUUUCGAAAAGAAACCCAGAAUAAACUUAUAUGAUAAUAUUUACAGAUGCUUAUAGUAUGCCAGUUUAAUAAUCCUUUUAAGAAUAGUUUCAUUAAACAUUCAAAGAAUCUCAAAAUACUAAUUAUGAUAUUUAUUAAUCAAAAAGAAUAUUUUAGGAUUUGAAUAAUUUCUAAUAUUAUGAAGGAUUACAGAAAUGGCAUUACAUUUAAUAUGAAUAUGGUCGAAGUAAUUUUUAAGAAAAAUUGCUUUUUUAAGGUUAAUUUUAUAAUGAGUUAGGAUUAAUAAAAGAAAGAAUGGGAAAUGAUAUUUUUGGUGGAUCAUUUACAAAUAGUAGAUAUAAUAUAUUUUUUGGGAGUGAUAAUUAUAAUAAUUAGUUUUUAUAAGCUGAAAUAGUUGAUUUUCAAAUAAGAUAUAAUUAUAAUGAUGACAAAGAAUUAGAUUUAAGUAUAGUAUAAAUAAUAUAAUUUAGAAUGUCAUUAUUCAUGUUUAACUUGUAAAGGACCUUUAUAAAAUGAUUGUUUAAGUUGUGAUGAAAAUUCUCAUAGAUAUUAUUAGAGUGAAAAAUAUGAAUGUAAUUGUAAUGAAGGAUAUUUUGAAUUUGAAUUAGGAUUUUGUACAAAUUAAUUUAUAUCUUUUGUUUAAUUAAAUGAAAUGAGUAUAAAUAAUAAUAGAAUAUGUCCACUUGGAUAUUUCAGAUUACCAAUAGAUGGAGAUUAGUAUGAAUGUAAAUAAUGGUAAUGAAUAAUAUAAAAUAAUGUAGUCCAUAAUCUAUAACUUAAUAAAAUAUACUUUGUGCAGAGUGUUUUUGGUAUUAUAAAACUUGGUAUUUAAAACCAACAUGCAAAUAUGAUUAUAUAAAGAUUUUAUAUAGAUUAAAUGAUGAAGCCUAUUAAUUAGUUAAAAGAGAUCCUAUUUAUUAUGAUGUUUAUUCUAUUGGUUUAGAUUAUGAAUUAGAUUUACAUCCAGAACUUGAAGAUUAUUGUGAAGAUUAAAAAGAAAUGUAUUAAAGUUGUUUUGACUUUAAAUUUUAUCAUUUAGGUAGUUAUAGAUUCCUAAAGUGUAAAUCAAAUUAUUUAAUAGAUCCUGAUUCACACUAAUGUUUAAAAUUUUACUAAAAUUGUCCAAUAUAUGAUAGUUUCGGAUAUUGUUAUGGAUGUUAUCCAGGAUAGUACUUAAUUUUUGGUGGUUGUUUAAAAUGUCCAAAUGAAUGUUUAACUUGUGAAAAUGAUGGAUAUGAUCAACCAUUAUGUAACUCAUGUACUGAAUCUUAUGGUUUAAUUGAUAAUUAAUGUUAAUAAUGUGGUUAAUUUUGUUAAAGUUGUUAAACUUAUUAUGAUACAUUUUUAGGUUAUUAAUAUUUAAAAUGUUAUAGAUGCAUAGAUGAUUCUCAAUAUUUUUUAUCAUUUGAUGCAUAAAAUUGUUUAAUAAAUUAAAUUACUAAUUGUACUUAUGCUUUCUAAGUAAUUAAAAAUGAUUUCACUAAAAAUACUUUAGAUUUUCAUUUUUAACCAUAAUUUGAUAAAAGUUUAAUUUUGACAUUAUGUGCAAAAUGUAAUAAGUAUUAUGUAUUUACAUUUCAAACUAAUGAAUGUAUUAAAGAUAACAUUACAGAAGAUUGUGAAAUAGGAAUUGGUUAACUUAAUCCAAUUGAUCAAUCCUUAGAUUAAGUAAUUUGUUUAAGUUCAUCAUUGUAUCAAAAUGAUAUUGUAUAAUUUACUUAAGAUUGCAUUAAUUUAAAUUGUUAAGUCUGUUUAGAAACUGAUAUUCUUCAUUUUUUUACUUGUUUAAAAUGUUAAUAAGGAUAUUACAUAGAAAAACCAUCAGGUCAAUGUUUGCAAUGUCCAAAAGAGCUUAAAUGCAAGACAUGCUCUUUUUCAAAUUCUUUAUAUAAGGAUUCAUGGAAAAAUUAAAUUAGAGCUUUUUAUAGAAAAUAUAUAGAAAUUCUAAACACUCAUUUAUAUAAUGUAUUUGGUGAAAGCUAAAAUACAAAUGAUUAUGUAAUUUUAUGUGAGACAUGUAUAGAUGGGUAUCAAUUACAUAAUCAAUAAUGUAUUCCAUAUUGUUAAGAAACUUGUUAAUUAUGUUUAAUUUAAAAUAAUUAAUUUAUUUGUGUAUAAUGUCACUCUGAAUAAAAAGGAAAAAAAUUAACUUUAAUAAAUAAUUAAUGUAUUGAAUGUCCUGAUAAUUGUGCUCUUUGUAGAAUUAGAACAGAUACUGAGAUCUCUUUAAUUAAUCCACUUUUUCAAAAUUAGAAAUAUUAAAAAUAUACUCAUUAGUGUUUGAAAAGUUUUGAUGAUUAAAAAUAUUAUUAUGAUGAAGAUUUAGGUUUAUUUAUAGAGUGUUUAUAACAAGAAAAUGGUAAUGGUUGCUUUAAAUAAUUAAUAAUAGAAAUUAAUUUAUAUAGUGAUCAAUAAUAAUAUUAUAGCGACCUUAAUUCAUUAGAAGAUGAAAAAUCUAGGAUUAAAUUUAAAAAAGAAAAUAUAAUUUUAGAACGAUUGGUUGGUUAUGGUAAUGGCUUAACAGAAGUAAUAUGAUUUAAUUUAUUGUUAGUUUUCAGACGAAUAGUUUUACACAUUAGCUAAUUCAAAGAUCAUCAAAUCUUUAAUUAUUAAAAUUAAAAAUAAAGGUUAAAAUUUCAGUUUAUACUUUGAUGGAAAAAUUAAAUAAACUUUUUCUGAAAACAUAUUUUCUCUUAUGUAUUUUUAUAUUAUUUCUAUUUAGCAAUGUUGAAAUUGAAUUCAAUUUUAAGCCCUCAGCAGUCUUGAUUGUUCAUAAAAAUUUUGAAAUAAUAAACUUUAGUAAAAUCACUUUUUCAGGGUUUAUAAUUUAAGCAGCUUCUCUUUAAUUAUAAUAAAGAUUUUACUUUUAAAGUCUUUUCCCUUAAACAGUAAUUUUGGAUUAAAUUACUUUUCAAAUUUUUAAUGAAUUAAUUAACUCUGUAGCUUUUCAAUUUCAUUUACUUAAUUUAAAAUUCCUUUAAUUUACUAAUUUAAUAAUUAAUAAAGCCUUUAUUGAUUAGGCUGAAUGCUUUAUGAAAGUGGAAUAUACUUUAUUUCCUAAGUCAUUGAUAUUUAAAAAUAUCAAAAUAAAAGAUUGUGUUAUUGAUAAUUUAAUUAUAUUUGAUUUAGGAUUGAAUGAAGGAGAUUAUAUAGAAUUUGAUAACAUCACUUUAAAUUCUAAUUUCUCAAACUCAGAAUUUAUUAGGGCAAGUUAAUUUAAUGAAUCUGGAGAGCUCAAAAUGACAAAUUUUAAUUUAACUAGUAACAUUUAUCAUUCUGAAAAUUUUUUUAAUUUAAAAGGUAUUGGUAAAUUAAAUAUAAAUUAAUUUGACAUGAGAUCUUCAAUUUUAACUAAAUCAACUAUAAUUUUAUUAAAUAGAUAGAGUCAUUUAGAAAAUAUUUAUUUUACAGAUAAUUAAUUCUUAAAUUAAUCAUUCGGAAUCAUAAAUAGUGAUUACAAUGAUUAGAUAAUUGUAUAAACAUUUUCAAAUCUUUUUUUUUUAAAUAAUUAAUAUGAUAGUCUAAUAAAGUUUAUAUACCUAAAAAAAUACUCAAGUAAAACAUAGAAUGUUACAAUCAAAUAUUUAAAUUAGAUUAAUAAUAAUUUUAGAAGCAAUUAAUUAAACUAUAAUAGAAAAUAAGUAGAUUUUUCAUUAAUAACAUUACAAUAUGAUGUAGUAGAAAUUUUUAAUUUUUAUAUUGAUCGUGGUUAUGGUUUAAAUGAUCUUUCUAUUUAUGAUUGUAAGAAAAUUAAGAUUCAAUCAGGAAUUAUUGAAUAAAAUAAAUUUAGAUUUUUGGGUUUACAUAAAUACUUAAGUUGUCAAUUAAAAUACGUUAAAGCCUUAUAUUAUUCGACAACAAUUAAUAUAAUUUCAUCUUAAUUGACUGAAAUUUAAAAUGUAACCUUUUCUAAACUCAUAUCAUCUAAUUUUCCAAUAAUUUCUAUAAGUUCUGCUGAUUUAAUUAUUCUGAAUUAGAAUGAAGAAGUUUAUUUAAAAGACUUAAUAUUUAAUUAAAACUUAGUUAUAAAAACUGAAUUACUAUUUCAAACUUCUCUAAUAUCAAUUCAAUCAAGUCAAUAUGGUAGAAUAGAAGCAGAAAAUAUUAAUUUACUUGGUAAUAUUUUACAUGUUUAUAUUUAAAAUGAUUACAUAAAGACAGCUGGAUUAUUAAUAUUUAAUUGUCCUUUUUGUUAAAUUUAUUUGAUUAAUUAAUAAAUUUAAAAUAAUAUAAUAACAAAUUGUAGUUCUAAUAUUAUUUAUAUUGAAGCUCAAACUUUAGAGAUAAGAAAUAGUUUGUUUAAUAAGAAUAAUAUUUUUAAUUAUUAGAUAUUAUAACCUCAUAUAUUAUGGGGGUUUACAAGUAGAAUAUCAUAAUAAAUUAUUGAAUCUGUAUUUUAAACAAAAUCAUAAUCUGGAAUUGGAUAAAUUAAUGCCUAAUAAAUAAAAAUUAUAAAUAAUAAUUUUUUUAAGUCUUUCGGAUCAUUAGGUGGAUGUUUUUCUAUUUUUCCUUAAGCUAUUUCAAACAUUUCAAUAAUAAACAAUAAAUUUGAAGAAAUUUAAACAUAGUUUUAUAAAGAAAUAGAAUAAGGAGCAGGAAUUUAUAUUGAUGGUUCAUCAUCUGCUUCACUUUUAAUUGAGAUUAUUAAUAAUACUGCUAAGAAUAUAUUUUGUAGAUAAUUGGGAGGAUUUCUAUAUUUAAAAUCGAAUAUUUCCUCAGCAAUCUUAAAUAUUUAAAAUCUUUAUUUAUAGGAUAUUUAUGCACAAUAAGGCUCUGCAUUUUAUAUUUAGUAUUCAAAAUUUGUGUCAGAUUAAUAAGUUUUAAAUUUAAAAAAUUUAUAAGUAAUUAAUUCAUAUGAUGGAUACAUUUCAUUUUUAAAUAAAUUUAGUGAAAUACCAAAAUCAUAAGAAUUGAAUUCCCUUACUAAUAGUAGAUCCUUAAUUUAUUUAGAAUAUGGAUCACUAAUUUAAGUUUAAGAUAUUAAAAUUAAUAAUCUAAUGUUAGAAUCCUUCAUUAUAUUAAUAUCUAUUAAUCAUGCUUAUUUAUCUGAUGUUUAUAUUAAAAAUUCGUUUAUCAAUAAUAAUUUGAUAACAAUAACUCCAUUUUCCAGUAUUUAUAUAUAAAUUUAUUAUUAUAGCUUAAUCACUUCAAUUAAUUCUUAAUAAUCUCUAAUUUACUAAUAUAACAACUAGAUUUUACUUUAAUAAUUUAACAUGUAAAAUUUAGAACAUCAAAAUUGAUAAUAUAAUUUAUUAAUGUUUAAAUUAUAUCUAAAGUGCCCCUUUGAUCUUAUCAAAUGAAGAUUAAUAUUAAGAUGAUAAUUAGAAUGCUUUUUGCAUUUAUGAUUAAUUUAAAUAAUAUGUAGUAACUUAAAAUUCAGGAUUAAUUCUACUACAUGAUUUAAAAUCUUAAGACUAAAUAUCAAUUGUUUAACUUUUUCUAAUUCAUAUUGAUUGUUCAAUUUGUGAUUAUGGCUUAAUUAGUUUUAAUUAUUAAAGUAAUGAAUUAAUAGCUUAAUAAUAAUAAAUUACAUCUCUAUAUGUACAAAAUUCUAAGUGUGGAAAUUUGGGAUGUUUAAAUUUAUAUAAGCCUAAUAAAAAUAGUAAUCGAAUUCUCAAUUAAUAAGAUAUUUUUUCUUUAAAUUAUGAAUUCAUUAUAAAAAAUUUUAUUUGUUAAUAUAACUUUGGUUAUUAAGGAACUUGUUUAAGAAUAAAUUAUAUUUCUAUAUUAGUCUAAAAUAGUAACUUUUAGUAUAAUUAAGCAGCUUUUGAAGGCGGCUCAAUAUAUAUUAAAGGAAAUCAAAACUUUAUUCUUGAAAAUACGAUAAUUUAAUUUAAUAAUGCAUCUUAUGGAGGAGGUUUGUAUUUAUAAGAUUAGAUUGGAAUGAAUUAUGAAAAAAGUAAAACUAAGAUUUUAAGAAAUCAUGCUAGAAUUUAUAGUGAUAACGUUGCUUCAUCUCCUUAAAAACUGAAAAUCUAAAUUAAAUAAAAUUCUUUUCUUUUAAAAACAAAAACUAUUAUAGGAAAUUCUACAAUGAAAAUACAAGAAUUAAACAUAGAUCCAUAUAAAAGCAUUAAUGGAAAAUAAUUACAAUUUCUCUAAUUACCUACAGGAUAGAAAAUAAAUGAAUAUUAAAUUUUUGAUUGGAAAAACAAGAUUUAUUUAAAUCCAUUUUUGACUUUUAAAAUCUUUGCUUUAGGAGAAGAUAUAAAUAAUAUUAAUAAUCUUGAAAAUUCUUAUUGCACUAUUUAAAGUAGAAGAAUUAAUAUAUCUGAAAAAGAAGAUGAAAAUUAAUAAAAAUUUACAAAUAAUUAUACAAGUAUUCGAAAGAUUUAUUAUAAUACUUCAACAUAAAAUUAUAAUCUAGAUGAAAUGAUAAUAUAUUUUGAUAAUUAAUCCCCAGAAGAAAUAGUACUUUAAUUGUAAAUUAUGUGUAAUUCAAUAAAAGUUCCUAUAUAUAGUAAUUAAUAUCCAUUUGAAAUUAUUGAUUAUCAUUCUAAUUAUAUGUUAAGAGUUAAUAUAAAGACUUAUGAUUGUUAAUUUGGUGAAAUCAAAAAUAGAACUACUUAAUCUUGUUAAAAAUGUGAUUCUAAUUAAGAUAUGUUUUCUUUAACAUUAAAUUCUGAAAAAUGUGAAGUAAAAGAUGAUUUUUCAACAUUAUCUGUUGAGAAUAAUUAACUUAUUUUAAGAGCUGGAUAUUGGAGACCUUAUUUUGAUACAAUAAAGAUAAGUUUUUGUCUUAAUUUAGAUUCAAAUUGUUUAGGAGGUAUAUAUGAAGGAGAUAACUCUUGUUACAUUGGUCACAUUGGAUCAUUAUGUGAAUAAUGUGAUUUAUAUAAUAUUAGAGGAAAUGGAUAAUAUUCAGUAAUUAAGAAAUUUAUAUGUGGUCCAUGUAUUGAAAAAGAUAGAAAUAUUAUUCUUAUCCUUGGAAUUAUUAUUUUCACACUCAUAUUUCUUUUAAUUUCUGUUUCAGGAAAUAUUAAAACGAUUGAAAAUUGUACAAAAUAUUAACCUUUUAAAAUAUUGAAAAGCUCAAUUUAUUUAAAUAAAAAUUAAUCAGGAAUGUUAAUUAAGAUAUUAACCAAUUAUUUUUAAAUAAUCGUGGCUAUUACUACAUUUUAAUUGUAAUUAUCAGAGGGUUUAAAUAGUUCAUUAGAAAUUGUAGGAAAUCCUUUAUAAACAACUUCUUAUUCUCUUGAUUGCUUUUUAGCAGCUUUAUCAGAUUUUGAAAUAUAAUACAUAAGAAUGAUAUGGUAAAUGGCCUUACCUGUGAUAUAUGUUACCAUUUUUAUUGGUUUCUAUUUCUUAACAUAUAAAAUAAGAAAUAUUAAGUUUAAUCCAAGUGUUAUAACAACAACUUUCAUUUACAUUUACUGCUAUUUUUAACCAAAUUUAAUUAAUGGAUUUAUUGAAUUAGUUUCUUAUAGAAACAUAUCUGGUUUUAAAUGGAUUUAAGCAAAUGUUUCAUAAAGAUAUGAUUCAGCUUAUCAUACAAAAUGGAUAUUCUAAUUUUGUUUACCAUUUAUUCUAUUAUUUGCUAUAGUCAUUCCAAGCUUUUUCUUUUUUGGGCUUUAUUCCAACAAAGAAAAACUUGAAAAAAAAAAUAUAAGGUUGCUAUGGGGUUACUUAUAUAAUGAAUAUAAAAAAGAAGCAUAUUUUUGGGAGUUAAUUAAAAUUGUAGAAAAAGAAUUAAUUAUACUUUCUCUUCUUUAUUAUUAAGAUAGUGUAGUUGCAAAAGGUGUACUUGUUCUAUUUAUUACUUAUUUAUAUUAAGAAUUAAAUGAAUAUUAUAAACCAUAUAUUUUAAAUAAACUAAACAAAUUGGAUUAUUAUUCUACUAACAUUUGUAUGAUUACCAUUGGAUUAGCUAUUGGAAUUUAUAUUUCUUAAUAAACUAAAAUUAUAGAACUCCAAAUCAUUUUUUUAUUUAUUAUAGCUUUAUUAAACUUAGUAUUUCUCAAUUAAAUCAUAACAAAAAUAAUAAUGGAAUAUAUUAAAGAAUAUGAAAUCUAUUUUGAUAAAAUAAAAGAUUUUAUCAAAUUAAAAUUUCCUUUUUAUUAUUAGAAUCAUCUAUGGUUAAGAAGAUAUUUAAAAAAUAGAGUUGAAGAAAGAAAAAAUGUUUAAAAACUGUUUCUAAAAUUAAAAUUAUUUGGAAUCCCAUUAGCAAAAAAUUAAAUUUAAAUAAGACAAAAAUAUCUUUCAUAAAGUAUUGACAAAAAAAAUUUUUAAUUUAUUGAUUAUAUUCAAAUAUAAAAACCUGAGACUUUAGAUUUAUAUAAUAAAACUUCCCAAUAGAGAAUGAUAAAUCUUCAAUCAUUUCCUGAUGUAUGA